AUGGCAACACUUGUUUUCACGACUACUGCCGGGCCAUUGCAACAGGUGCAAAUCGGUCCCGCGGAUGUGAUAUCAACUCUUUCGGCAGCCUACACAGCGGUUGGGUGGCUUGGAGGCUUAGAUGGAGUGAAAUACAUUCUCUCUCGCUCCCUGGGCGUGAUGCGGCCCUCAAGCAAUCAUGUCCUAAGCAAUCGUCUAGCAACCCUCCUCGGUCCCAGCAUAAGCUUCAAUAAUUCCCAAGUCCACAUAUUGACAAGCGACCAUGGCCCGGUGAGGUGCGAAAUCCCAAAUGCUGAAGAGGCUUUCAGUGGCGACCAGAGCACUCAGCUCGUGGGGACUCACUCUCUACUUUUUGCAAAUUUCCUAGCACCCGCAAUCUUCAAAGGUGCCAAUUUGCUUGUCGACUCUCUACAGAGUCAAUUGACGGACGAUGGCCUCUACGAGCGCGUCCUUAAUGAGGGCGCUACGCGGGGGCUUCCAGAACUUUUUACGGAGAGUACGGAGCGGCUAGAUCUUCCAGUCGGCGAUGCAUCGUGGCUUCGGAGGCAAAUGCAUGUCAAAGGCUCGGAGGUUCCGGUCACCGAAAUACACAUGGUUGCUGGCCUCCUGAGGUGGAUCGCGAAGGGCGACACACAGCCGUAUUUUACGCGCAGUGGCCUGGUGGCCCGCACCGCAAACUGCUUGAAAGUUGUUGGAUAUUUUAUUGGGUCUAUUGAGGUCUGGGAUGGAGUACCUCCGCGACCUAAGCCACUUGGCCCCAGGUGCAUUGUGCUUGUUCUUGGUGGGAGUGAGGAAACGGACCAUUUGAUGGCCGCAGCGGAGGAAAUAAUCCAGGACUGCAACCCGGUUUAUCAUUACACACGCAGCACUGUGGGCCCCAUGCUAUACCACAGCAUUGGACCUCACUAUCUGAUCGACCCAGAAUGUCUGCAGGAAGACUUUGAGUACAUUAAUCAUUCAAUUGCGACUCGGAUCAGAGUCUCAUAUCGUCUGGAGAAUGUCCGAGAUGUUAUAAAAGAGGAUAUUUGUGGGAUAAUCGAGUGGGAAGACUCGCAGCGUCAAGUUUCUGCAGUUGAGAGAAGUCUAGCAUCCAUUUAUUUCCCCCUACUUGCCGACCAUGUCGCUCCAUGUUAUAGCAGGAUCGCAACACGCAGCAUUCUCACCGAGGUCAGAAAUCCACGGCGUAGGAUGGCGGAUGCGUACGACGAUGACCUCACUGAGGGCCUAGCCCGGUUCCGUACAACUACCCUAGCUAUCGUUAUCGCUCUUGUCUCUACUCUUUCGGAUACAGAAUUCUGGAACAUACGGCAUUGCAUAUCAGUUGAUCUUGCACAAGAGGCCUGGCUGGAAGAAAUGUGUGCUACUAUCAACCGAACCUUUGCAAGUUCGGUCGAAUAUAGUGAGAUUGUGGAUCUGCUAGCAGCAGUCCACGUGGGUGUCGAUGCUAGUGACAGUGUUGGUGUCAACAAAGAGAAAGGAGUUCUUUCACGCCAGAUCAUUGGCUGGAGAAAUGGACGAUACUCGGUCAUUCCGUCAUUGCUGCUGGAAAUGAAGCCCUCGAUGCAUGCCGUCCGCCUAGCUUGCAGGGAUUCGUUCUAUGCUAAUCUCCGUGUCCACCAAGAUGGUUCUAUCCAUUCAUCCUAUGGUGGGGCGAUCUACACGGACAGGGACCGGUUCUCGGUUCCACCUCAAGUUUCGCAACAGCCGUAUACUAUAUCUUCAGGGCCCCAUGAGCCUUGGGUAGGCCCGGCAAGACCAAACCCGCCGAGCAAGCCACUAUAUCUUAGCAUUGAACGCCAACCAAGUUAUAACAGCCCAGAUGUCUGUUUUAUUGGUCGGGUGGAUGGAGAUAAUAUUGGGCAUGUUUCAAUAAAGGCUGUCCUUAGGGCGGUGGCUCGCAGCUUUGAGGUGACAGAAAACUGCGACCAUCGUGAUGCAGAUACCAAGCAUGUCCUAAAUAUGGAUGUAAAGUACUGGCUACAGGAUCGGUAUGUCAAACCGUUCGGAACGAUUGAUAUGCCGGGAUACCUCGCUGUCCUAGAUGAUCCGCAGUGGGCAUUAUUUGUUGCUGGACAGGUCGAGCAUUCGCACGGCUGCAUAGUGGCUCAAUGCCUGGGCUGCGCAAGAAAAGCUCUUGUAUCAAGUGUUGCUCAGGGCAACGUGGAUGGUGUGAUAUUGAUAGGCUAUAUGUAA